GUUCAUAUCAAGCACGAACUGAAAAUUAGGAGUCCUUAUGUCAGUGAUAUAAGAAUCUUCUAUAAAUACGAUAGCCAAGCUGCUUCUCUCAGACUUUUAACAUAAUUCACAUAGAGCUAGCCAUAUCUCAACCAUGGGGGCCGAGUCGAAAGUGAUCCUGUCGAGCAUCAUCCUGGUCUUGUGGCUUUCACCGCUUUCUUCUGCAGAGGAUGUGACCGUCACAGUGAAGAGCGUGACGCACAUUGCAACAACUGAUGAUAACUUCGUGUGUGCCACGCUCGACUGGUGGCCCGAGGACAAGUGCGAUUAUGGCCAGUGCCCGUGGGGGAGAGCUGGCAUUCUUAACCUGGAUCUGGACAAUACGAUCUUGUCCAAUGCCAUCAAGGCUUUCAACCCGCUGAGGAUCAGAGUGGGAGGUUCCCUACAAGAUCAGGUAGUUUACAAAAUUAACUGGCCGGGGGGUUUAUACUGUCCGCAGUUCAAGAAGACGGCAGAUGGCAGGUUCGGCUUCAGCCAAGGUUGCCUCGACCAGGACCGAUGGGACCAGAUCAUUCACUUCUUGAACAAGACGGGAGCUGUAGUGACCUUCGGCUUGAAUGCUCUCUACGGGAAGAGCCGGUCAGAGUAUGAUAAAAACACUUAUGUCGGUGUCUGGAAUCCUUGGCAUGCUCAUCACCUCAUGAAGUACACGGCCGAGAAAGGAUACAAGAUCGACUCUUAUGAACUUGGGAAUGAGUUGAGCGGGUCUGGUGUCUCGGGGAGGGAAGAUGCAGAGCGUUAUGGGAAGGAUAUGAUCAUGCUCAAGAAGAUCGUGAAUUCCAUAUGGUACCCUGACCCCAGCAACCGACCGAAGAUUCUGGGUCCCGGUGGAUUUUACGACCAGCAAUGGUUCCAGACCCUGCUUGAGGUCACUGGACCUGGCGUCAUAGACGUGCUGACCCACCACAUAUACAACCUUGGACCCGGCGUUGAUAGGAAUCUAAUCAACAAAGUCCAAGACCCAUACUUCUUGGAUCAGGUUGCUCAGACGUAUGCCGAUGUUAAGGAAACCGUGGCAAGGUUUGGGCCAGGGACCAAGGCAUGGGUUGGAGAGUCGGGUGGAGCUUACAACAGCGGAAGCAAAGAUGUUUCCCACACCUUUGCUGAUGGAUUCUGGUACUUGGAUCAACUAGGCAUGACUUCAACAUUCGACCACAAGGUUUUCUGCAGACAAUCUCUGAUCGGUGGCAACUAUGGUCUUCUUAACACCAUGACUUUCAUACCCAACCCAGACUACUAUGGUGCUCUUUUGUGGCAUCGCCUGAUGGGAAAGAACGUUCUCUCAAUCACUCACUUCGGCUCCCCAAAGCUUCGUGCCUAUGCUCACUGCUCAAAGCAAAAGCCGGGUGUGACAAUGCUUCUGAUCAACAUGUCGAACUCUACUUCCUUCAAUGUUUCUGUCACCAACGACCUGAACCUCUACCCGGACCUUAAGAACUUGGGAGGCGGCCAGAAGAGGGAAGAGUACCAUCUGACCCCGAAGGAUGGGAACAUCCAGAGCGACGUUGUGCUUCUGAACGGAACACCUCUGCAGCUCACAGAGUCUCAGGACAUUCCAGAAAUGAAGCCGAAGCUUGUGGACCCCUCCACUCCGAUCACCAUCGCGCCCGACUCCUUUGUCUUCGUGACCAUCAGAGACUUCAAUGCUCCUGCCUGUGCUUAAUUUUUUUUUUAUUUUUUUUAUAUAUAGUUUCUAGUUCUGGUAUAUUUAAGUCCUUAGGCUUAGGUUUAGGCUUAGUUCUUAGUUAGGAUUCCCAAUCUUCUUUAGCACAUACCUUUCAAUGUCCAAGCAAUUAGCAUUGAUUUGCACAAUCGAAACUAAUCUCAGGAGGCGAGUCACGAUUUCUGAUGAACGAGCUGCAAAUAAAACAGCAAUACCCGAAGACAGAGUAUUACUCGA